AUGGUGACACUCUCAGGCGCCCAUUCAAUCGGGGACUCUCAUUGCUCAUCCUUCUCAAACCGCCUCUACCACUUCAAUGCCACACACUCCCAGGAUCCUUCUCUUGAUCCUGCCUAUGCCAGUUACCUGAAAACUCAGUGCCCAUUACAUCCAACUGCUAAAAAUAAUCUAGACCCAGUUGUACCAUUCGAUGCAGUAACCCCAGAUCGUCUAGACAACAAUUACUAUAAGAAUUUGAAGAAACACAAGGGACUGUUGACUUCAGACCAAGUGCUCUGGAUUGUUCCCUCAACAAGAAAGAUGGUGAGAGACAACAUGAAUCAUCCAGCAGCCUGGGCUGCCAAAUUUGCAUCUGCCAUGGUGCAUAUGGGUUCGAUUGAUGUGCUCACUGGGUCGCAAGGCGAGAUUAGGAAGAAGUGCAGAAUUGUGAAUUAG